UGAUCACGACAUUGAUACAUCAUGUGGAUUCUCCAUCUGUGAUCAGAAUAUGAGAGCAUAGGCAGUGGAAGUGAUUCCCGCAAGCCUCUCUCGAAUCAAGGAUUCUUUACGUCUGGACACCCCUUUCUUUGCUCUCACUCUCUCCUCUUUCUCUGUGUAAACCCUUCAUCCAUGGGGGCUCUAAGAGCCUCAGGAAUGUUCUUCUGCAAGCCGUCACCUAUCUGCUCUGAAAGGACCGCUCUGCAGAAAUGUAGUGUUUCUGAACAAGUGGGGUUUUCUUGUUUCUGGGCAGGUCAAAGAAGCAUAAAAAUCCGAUCUUUGAAGGUUGGGAGGACAUAUGCUGCUAUAAAUGAGUCUCAAGAAGACGGGUCCUAUAUUACAGAAGAGAAUGAUACAAAAGAAGAUGAGAAGGGCCUCAUUUUGGACACACAGAGGGAUGGGUCUGGCACCGUUAUUGGGUUUCAUUUGAUUCCACAAUCUGUGACAGGUGAUGAAAAAGUUCUGGAAUCUCAUGAUGAUGAUGAAUCCAGUGAUGAUAUUGAAGUGACUGAACAUGUAGAAAGUAAACCAAGAAAAGUGUACAGCAUUGUUUUUGUUACUUCAGAAGCAGCCCCAUAUUCUAAAACAGGAGGAUUGGGAGAUGUUUGUGGGUCUCUCCCUAUAACAUUAGCUCGCCGUGGACAUCGAGUCAUGGUUGUUUCACCUAGAUAUUUUGAUAGUCUCCCUUCUGAUGAAAAAUUUAAGAGUGUGGUUAACCUUCAUAAGAAAAUCAAGAUCCAUUGUGCUGAGGGUGAGCAAGAAGUGUCUUUCUUCCAUCAGUAUAGGGAAGGAGUUGACUGGGUAUUUGUGGACCAUCCUUCUUACCACCGACCGGGGACACCAUAUGGUGACAGCCAUGGUGCUUUUGGCGAUAACCAGUUCCGGUUCACUUUGCUUUGUCACGCAGCAUGUGAAGCUCCUUUAGUUCUUCCCUUGGGAGGGUACACUUAUGGAGAGAAGUGCAUGUUCAUUGCUAAUGAUUGGCAUGCUAGUCUGGUUCCUCUACUUUUGUCUGCCAAGUAUCGCCCACAUGGUGUUUAUAAGGAUGCUCGAAGCAUUAUUCUCAUACAUAACCUUGCUCAUCAGGGAGUGGAGCCUGCCGGAACAUUCAAGAACUUGGGGUUACCCUCAGAAUGGUAUCCGGCGGUGGAAUACAUAUUCCCAAAUUGGGCACGGGCACAUGCUCUUGACACAGGUGAAACUGUGAAUGUUUUGAAAGGUGCAAUCAUUACGGCAGACCGCAUAGUUACCGUUAGUGAGGGUUACUCUUGGGAAAUAACAACUCCUGAAGGUGGAUAUGGGCUAGAUGUACUAUUGAGUAGCCGAAGGCCAGUUCUUAGUGGAAUCACAAAUGGAAUUGAUAUCAAUGAAUGGGACCCAUCUUCCGAUGAGCAUAUCGCUGCUCAUUACUCCGCAAAUGAUCUUUCGGGAAAGGUUCUUUGCAAAGCUGCAUUGCAGAAGGAAUUAGGUCUUCCUAUUCGACCUGAUUGCCCAUUGGUUGGAUUCAUUGGGAGGUUGGACUUCCAGAAAGGUGUGGAUUUGAUCCUUUCAGCAACUCCAGAACUCAUGCAGGAGGAUAUCCAAUUUGUAAUGCUUGGAUCUGGUGAGAAACAAUAUGAGGAGUGGAUGAGAUAUAUGGAAUCGCAAUACAGAGACAAGUUCAGAGGAUGGGUUGGAUUCAAUGUGCCAGUUUCACAUAGGAUAACAGCCGCGUGUGACAUCCUAUUGAUGCCUUCAAGAUUUGAACCUUGUGGCCUAAACCAGUUGUAUGCCAUGAGAUAUGGCACGGUUCCUGUUGUUCAUAAUACCGGGGGCUUAAGGGAUACCGUGGAAACGUUUAACCCGUAUGCUAAUGAUGGCAGUGGUGCAGGCACUGGGUGGACAUUUUCUCCUCUAUCAAAAGAAAAGCUGCUGGCUGCACUUGGAAUAGCUAUUGGGACUUAUAGAAAAUACAAAACAUCAUGGGAGGGAUUAAUGAAGAGGGGAAUGGAAAGGGACUGUUCAUGGGAAAAUGCUGCUGUUCAAUAUGAGCAAAUCUUUGAAUGGGCAUUCAUGGAUCCCCCGUACGUUCGAUGGCCUAACUAGAAUAAUCUUUUAUAUACCAGAAGACCAUGGGAAGAUCUCUCGAUUUUGUUAAAUCGGCGCACAAGAUUCAUACUUCACCCCAAGUAGCAAUGACUUAUGGUGCUGCUAGCCUGCUAGUAAUAAUCUUUAUGCAAUUGGGUAAUUCUUUCAUUUGUGUUUUUUUUCUUUAUGCGGCAGAGUUUUACCUGAAGUUUUAUAGUUCUAGCAUGUUGAAAGAUGAAUCAAUGUUUUUUUUUUGUUUAUUUACAACACAGAUCAAAUUUAUGUAACAACCCAUUGUAAAAGAAUCACCAUUACGUGACUGUUUGGUCCUAUAUAUAGGUUGAAAUGGUAUAUCUAUUUAGUUUACCAACUGGUUUACAAACUCAUUCGAGGAUCAAAUCAAAAUUUUACUCUCCGC